AUGUCUCGCUUCUUAGACAGCAUUUCCACCAUCAUUAGCGUCUUUUACGAGCAUGCAGAGGAAGAUGGAGACGGCUCCAUCCUCAGCAGAAGGGAGAUGAAAGAGUUUAUCCUGAAGGAGUUUGCAGAUGUCAUAGCGAACCCACGUGAUUCUCAAACCAUUGACAAGAUCCUGCACUUUCUUGAAUGGGAUGGUGAUGGUAAAAUAGAUUUUAAUGAGUUCCUAUUCCUCGUAUUCAGAGUGGCUAAGGCCUGCUACUGGUAUCUGCAGAAAAGACCAUGUCUUCUGCAAAGAACAAAGCUAAUAACCAGUGGAAAGUCACUUCAAGAGCCUGAAAUUAAUAACAGAGGGCACCAACGUCAGCUCCAGGAAGAGGAACCACAAAGCGGUGAGAGUGAACGUCAUCCAUCCCGUGAACCUCAAACACGUGAUACCAGGGCUCGCAAGCUUGAAACCGUGGAGGAAACGGAGAGUCAUCGCCAGCAACGUAACACACGAAACAGAGAUGGUGCAAGAAGAAUCAGCAAAUCUGAGGAUCUAACAUCUCAAGCAUAUAAAGAACAAAGCCAAGAGCCAUGUAACCAACGUAACAUUCGCCAGCCACCUGAGCUGGACGAACAAGAAGAUGUACAGAGCCAUAAAUCGCAACUCAACGAACGUGGCAGCUUGCAGGCACGUCAGUCUGAACCACAGGCAGAUGAGAGAGAAAAUCAAGAGGGGCCUCAGCCCGAUCAAGUGGCAGACGUGAAGAGUCACAAGCAGCCAAAUAAACCUCAACCACUAGGAAACCGGUGGAGUAGUCGUGAGCCACAUGAGCCAACACCACAAGUGAAUGAUCAAAAAAACCAUCGUCCACAAGACCAAGAGGCAGUGCAAGAAGCAGAUAGGGGAAGUCGCAGUCAGCCACAGAAGACUGAACUACUCACAAACGGGAGAAGCGGCUAUCAGCGUCGUGAGCUGGAGGCAGAAAAGACUGAAGUCAACCGCAUUCAGGCACAGGAGCAAAAAGGAAAGCAAAGAAGAGAACAUAAAAGCCCAUAUCAGUCAUACAUUGACGAACCAAUACUAGAGGAAGGAAGCCGUUAUGAUACACGUGAGCCAGGAAGACGUGUAUAUGAAGAACUUCAAUACAGAGAACCCAAGGCUGAAUGCCUGGAGAGACAGAGGAAGAGCAUUCAAGCAGAGCUGUGUGGAGAAAGAGAUGAUGGAAGAAGAAAAGCAGAGACAUAUGCAGACGAAACAAGGAGGGGAUAUUCCCGAGACCACGAAAUAGAUAUCGAGAGAAGGACUAAAAAGGGACGAGUGCAGGAAGAACUCCCACAGGAAAGAAGGAUCAUUCGCUCCCGUGAGGUGGAAGCUGAUGUCUCAGUGAGCACCCAACGCCUCACAAGGGAGAGAGAAGAGCCAGGUCCCAGUGACAACUACGAGCGCACCCGACGCACUGUGGAAGUGGCAGCUGAAGCUGACGUGAGGGUUCAACGUGUCACCAGGGAACCCGAGCCUCGUGGGGACAUAGGCAGGAGAGAACAAGACUGUGAAGACAUCGAGGUAGACAGGAGAAUUCGGCAGGGACGAGAGCAGGAAGAGCCCACACAGGAAAGGAAGAUCAUUCGCUCCCGUGAGGUGGAAGCUGACGUCUCAGUGAGCACCCAACGCCUCACAAGGGAGAGAGAAGAGCCAGGUCCCAGUGACAACUACGAGCGCACCCGACGCACUGUGGAAGUGGCAGCUGAAGCUGACGUGAGGGUUCAACGUGUCACCCGGGAACCCGAGCCUCGUGGAGACAUAGGCAGGAGAGAACAAGACUGUGAAGACAUCGAGGUAGACAGGAGAAUUCGGCAGGGACGAGAGCGGGAAGAGCCCACACAGGAAAGGAAGAUCAUUCGCUCCCGUGAGGUGGAAGCUGACGUCUCA